AUGAGAUGGGCCAAGAAGCGACGUGAUGCCUGGGUGCGUGCUGGAAUGCGCUCCAACCAGGAAGACUUACAAAACGCCAGCUGGGCAGAGUUAAACGCGUACCAGGAACCCAAAGAGGCCGACUGGCCCGGCGCCAUCUAUGAGAUUGAUCUAUCCAAGAUACCGCUCUCAGCCCGACCUGCUCUCUUUGAGAGCACUCAGCUUCAGGCCGAGUUGAAUGUCGAGCAGAGUUCGGGAAACGGGUAUCAGUUUGCCGAAAACGAGUUUCUCAUCUUAUACCGCAUCCCUUCUGCGAGCAUUGUCUCUAUGUACAACUCGCCGGACAGUUUCCAAGAAGCUAGGGCCAAUUAUGUGCCCAGACCACGGGGACAAUUUUGUCGGAUUAUCGAUGACUACGACAGCGCUGCAGAGGGCGAAGUUGACCAGCCGCGGCCCACGAUUACCUGCUUGCAUUAG